AGGAGGAGCUCCCGAGCGAGAGGCCUGCCUGACAAAAGCUCAGUGCGCAGAAGGCUGGUGACCAGGAAGAAGAACCGCGCUUGGGGCUGAGGGAGGAGACGGGCUCUGUGUAUAUACCUGGACGCCGCUGCUUCCCCUGCCCGUUCCCCCCGCCGAAGGGCUAAGCAAGCCCCUUGCCGAGGCCCUGAUGGCGGCCGAGGGCUAAGACCUCUCUCCCUUCCCUUCCCAACCCCGCUGCCAUUUCUCCGCCGGAGUGCGGCGAGGAAGAGGGGGAGGCAGGCGGGCGGGCAGGGAGGCAGCGGGUCCCUGGGGCGAGCCGACUCGGGGCUAAGCUGCUUAUGCAGGCUGGCAGGCUGGCAUGAGCUUCCUGAGCUGGGCUCCUGCUGCUGUUGCUGCUGAGGGGAGGCCGGAGGAAAGCCGUCGCCCGGAGCUGCCAUUGUGUCUCUGAGGAGGAGGAGGAGGAUACCCCCCCCCCACUUCCCUUUGGGGAAGAUGGGGAAUUGCCUGAAAUCCCCCACCUCGGAUGACAUCUCCCUGCUGCACGAGUCCCAGUCGGACAGGGCCAGCUAUGGGGAUGGGACUGAGCCGGAUCAGGAGCCGCCGCCGCCAUAUCAGGAACAGGUUCCAGUUCCAGUUUACCAUCCAACUCCCAGCCAGACCCGCCUAGCAACCCAGCUUACAGAAGAGGAACAAAUUAGGAUAGCGCAACGAAUAGGCCUCAUACAGCAUCUGCCGAAAGGAGUCUAUGAUCCAGGAAGAGAUGGUUCUGAGAAAAAGAUCAGAGAAUGUGUGAUCUGUAUGAUGGACUUUGUUUACGGGGACCCUAUCAGAUUCCUGCCAUGCAUGCAUAUUUACCACCUGGACUGUAUAGAUGACUGGUUGAUGAGAUCUUUCACGUGUCCUUCCUGCAUGGAGCCAGUUGAUGCAGCACUGUUGUCCUCCUACGAGACUAACUGAGCCAGAGCUUCUCUUCUGACCUGUCAAGGAAACCAUCCACUUUAAAGGGAUUUGAUCCUUUGCCAUCUGCCCAAAGAACCAGGGAUUAGGAAACAAAAUCAUGCACAAUAAAAUCUCAUUUCUUAAGAAUAAAGAAAUAUCCUGAAUAGCAGACAGAGGGAGGGAGGGAGGGAGGGAAGGAAGAAGAAACACAGUUAUAGACUAUAGAAAAAGUAGGAAGUUAUUUUUAUGUAAAGCCUUGAUCCAGUGCUUAAAAAUAGUUGCUCCUUAAGAAAGCCUGUUAGCACACCCAUACAAAAGAACUGUGUGAAUAAUAAAAUAUGUUAAAAAUUAAAUUGUGUGGAUGCAGCCCACCAGGAAGUUUCCUGUUCAAGCUUCUUUGAGAUGAAUGACAAUAAUACUAUUGGGGGGGGGGGAUGAGUGUGUGUGUGAGAGAGAGAGAGAGAGAGAAAAUGCUAAAAAGGAGAAAGGGAUGCUGGAGUAUCCUUUGUCGUAAAGAAAAUGCAUUUUUUGUUCAGAUUGCUUCACAAGUAUUUGGGUCAAUGCUCUAUUUACAAAAAAAGCUACAUUUUAUAACACUGGCACAAAAAUAGUUUCAAGCUUGUUUGCACAGUUUUUUUAUUCAUUGGAAAGGAAUCCAUUUUGCCUUAGGUCUUCUAAAAUAGUGUAUUCUUAUUUUGGGGCUGGCUGUAUGCUUGAAAACCAGUUUAUUUAUAACUUGUUAUAAAAGUGCUAUAUUUUGUUUGCAGUUAGGAUUUGUGGACUUUGAGGUCUCCUAGCUUGUAAGCAAACUUGAGAUGCACUUUUUUUCUAUAUGAGACAUUUUAAUGUGACAAUAUUAAAAGAAAACCAACAGAAACCAG